AUGCAGUGCGAGACUCCUGAAGACGACGGAUCUAAUAAUGAUGGGCCCGUUCGCCAAAUUCGAGUUCGAGAACUAACUGCGUCAGGCAUAUGCAUCAAGUGCAAGAAGGCUAAAGCAAUCAUAUUUCUACAUUAUGCUGUAUUCUGCGGAGAAUGCUUAAAAGACAAAGCUUCAAAGCAAUUCAGACAUGCUAUUAAACAGCAGUCCAUGGAUCAUCUUCCUACUGGAAAGGUAAUGGUGGCUUGUUCUGGUGGAAUGUCUUCAAGCCUCAUGUUGUACUUGAUGAACGAGUCUUUCAAUCGCAACAAGUACCAACGCUCGCGAUUUACUGGAGUGGUUGUUUGUCAUAUCGAUGAAUCAGCUCUAAUUGAAGGACAGCAAGACGUGUCGCUGGGCACCAUGAUGGGUGAUCAUGAGUAUGUUGUAAGGAGGCUAGAGGACGUGUUUGCUGAUGAAGCUGCAGAGAAGUCGGAUCCAGCUGAGCGACAGAAAACACCUCGUGAACGAUUAAUACGGAGUCUGUCAUCGGCUUCCAAAAUGUCCUCACGAGAAGAUCUGAUACAAUACUAUCGUCAACAAUUACUGAUACAAGUUGCUCGAGAGCAUUCGUGUCCGUAUAUACUGCUGGGUGAUUCUGCUACUCGAACGGCAAUCAAGAUAAUAUCUGGUGUUUGUAAAGGACGUGGGUUUGGACUGCCAGCGUUGGUUGCUUCAGAGUCUACGCAGGGUGAUGUGAUCAUAUUGAAGCCUAUGCGAGACUUAACAUCAAAAGAAGUCGCGGUUCUUGCUCAACUUUGUGAAAUCAAUGUCAACACUGUGCGGAGUUUUGAUACUGGCCUACCAGCAAAGUCAAGUAUUGAUCGAUUGACUGAAGAUUUCAUCCUGGGAUUACAGGUAGACUUCCCUUCUACUACGAGCACAGUCUUAAAGACUGGCUUCAAGGUUGAGACAGGGCAUGACUCGAAAGCUCAUGUCACUCAGUGUCCUUUAUGUGGAGGAGCUGUGGAACCAGCAUCUCAUGAAUGGCGAUCAUCGCAUACCGUGUCAUCACUCAUACCGCCGAUACCAUUAUCAUCUCCACCGAAAGAUUCAAGUAGAGGACUAUGCUAUGGGUGUCAAAACGUUGCAUGGGAUUUAGGUGACAACACAAACGAUCUGCCGUCUUUUGUGAAGAAUGCUUUGAUCCGCGAAGAUUAA